AUGCCGAAAGUGGUCAUAGCAGGUGCAGGUCUUGUUGGAGCAUUGAACGCGUGCUACUUUGCUAAACGAGGAUGGCAAGUGGAAGUUUACGAAGCUCGUAAGGAUAUACGCACGAUGGAACACGUACAAGGGCGUAGCAUUAAUCUAGCACUGUCUGAGCGAGGAAAAUCCGCGUUAUCCGCAGUUGGUCUCAGUGAUUAUAUCGUCAAUGAAGGUGUGAAGAUGGAUGCUCGAUUGGUGCAUGGCAUUGAUGGUGUUUCAACGGAUCGACAACCAUACGGACAUCCCGGUCAGCAUAUUGUUUCAAUAAAUCGACGCCAUCUGAAUGAAGUAAUGAUCAGUCAGGCCGAGAAAUAUGAAGAAGUGAAUUUCUUCUUUGAACAUAAAGUGCUCAAAGUUGACUUGGACUCGAAACAGCUUAUUUUGAAACGAAUGGAAGAUGGUGAAGAGAUCUGUGUGCGAGCAGAUUUGAUCUGCGCUUGUGACGGCGCUUAUUCGGCCAUUAGACGCGCACUUUCGACUCAACCUUGUUUUGAUUACUCACAAGAGUACAUUGAGCAUGGUUACAUUGAGCUCAACAUUCUACCAAAAAAUGAUCAGUUUGCACUCGAGCCGAACGUCUUUCACUUGUGGCCUCGGGGUAAUUUCUGCUUGAUCGCUUUGGCAAAUAUCGACAAAACUUUUACGGUCACUAUUUUUGCUCCAUUCCAAAUAUUCGAGCAGCACAUGAGCGAUGAUGAAAGUAUUGUCGAUUUCUUCACGAAAAACUUUCCAGAUGCAACUGAACUUAUCGGAACUGAAUCAUUGCUGGAGACAUUUCAUCGUGUGAAACCGUUGCCGCUUGUUUCGAUCAAAUGUAAACCACAUAAUUUCGGUGAUUGUGUACUGUUGAUGGGUGACGCUGCACACGCGAUGGUACCAUUUUAUGGACAAGGCAUGAAUGCUGGAUUCGAGGAUUGUCUGGUGCUUAGCGAAGUUCUCGACCAAAUCGGCGAUAAAGAUAUCGCUGGUGUUUUGAAACAUUAUUCAGCAAAACGAGUGAAAGAUGCGCAUGCGAUAAACGAUCUUGCAAUGUACAAUUAUUGUGAGUUGCGCGAUCUCGUCAAUCAUGCAUCGUUCAAACUGCGCAGAAAAUUCGACUUAUUUCUCAACCGAAUUUUUCCACGUAUUUGGAUUCCACUCUAUGGGAUGGUGACAUUCUCGAGAAUCCGAUAUCACGAAGUUAUUGAACGCAAGAAGCGGCAAGAUCGGGUAGGUGUUAAAGAUUUUGCGAAUUUUAAUUUUUUGCACUGA